AUGAACUCCUGGAUCCGCCACUGCAUAGGUACUUGCAUAUUAGGUGUGGAAGUGGCGGAGAGAUUCGCUUACUAUGGGAUCAGCUGCAACCUCAUAACUUACCUGACAGGGCCGCUGGGCCAGUCCAUGGCCACGGCGGCCGGGAACGUGAACGCGUGGUCCGGAACGGCGUCGUUGCUUCCGCUUUUGGGGGCAUUCGUGGCCGAUUCUUUUCUGGGCCGCUAUCGCACUAUUGUCAUUGCUUCUCUCAUCUACAUCCUCGGACUAGGCUUGUUGACUCUGUCGGCUAUGCUUCCAUCUUCUCUAAUCACUUCUUCUGACAACUUAGACACCAAAAUCAAACUGAGUUCUUCAAAUCAGGUCCAAGAAAUCUUGUUGUUUGUAUCUCUGUAUAUAGUAGCUGUUGGGCAGGGGGGACACAAGCCUUGUGUUCAGGCUUUUGGGGCGGAUCAGUUUGAUGGGCAAGAUCGGGAGGAGUGCAAAGCCAAAAGAUCAUUCUUCAAUUGGUGGUACUUUGGUGUGUGUGCGGGCAGCACUGUAACAACAGUGAUGAUGAGCUAUAUACAAGACAACCUUAGCUGGGGUCUAGGAUUUGGAUUCCCCUGUUUUGUGAUGGUCUUUGCUUUGGGUGUCUUUUUGCUCGGUACUAGUACUUACCGGUAUAGUGUCAAAGGGAAGGGGAAAAGCCCAUUUGUGAGAAUUGGUCGUGUGUUUGUUGCUGCACUGAGGAACUGGCGGACCACCCCUUCAGCUUUAGCUACUGAAGAGGAAGUUGGUAGAGAUCUCCGGCACCAUAGCUCCGAACCAUUCAAGUUCCUCAACAAAGCCUUGCCGUCUGCAGAUGGUUCAAAACGAGAAGGCGAGGUUUGUACUAUCAUUGAGGUUGAAGAAGCAAAGGCAGCUCUUAGGCUUAUUCCAAUUUGGGCGACAAGCUUGGGGUACGGCAUUGUGUUAGCACAAGUCUCAACUUUCUUCACCAAGCAAGGGGCUACCAUGGAUAGAACAAUUUUUCCUGGUUUCAACAUGCCAGCGGCUUCACUACAAUGCUUCAUGGGCCUAGCCGUUGUACUUUUCAUUCCCAUAUAUGACUUGAUUUUUGUUCCUACAGCAAGAACUUUCACCAGGAAGCUUAAUGGCAUCACGCUGCUGCAGAGGAUUGGAACUGGGAUGUUUCUAUCUGUCAUGUGCAUGGUUGUUGCAGCUCAAAUUGAGAUGAAAAGGCUCAAAACAGCUCAAGAAUAUGGGCUGGUUGACAUGCCCGAUGUGACCAUUCCAAUGAGUAUUUUGUGGUUGGUUCCUCAAUACGUUUUGUGUGGGGUUGCUGAUGUUUUCACCAUGGUUGGUCUGCAAGAAUUCUUCUAUGAUCAAGUCCCAAUUGAAUUGAGGAGUGUGGGUCUCGCCCUCUAUCUCUGCAUUAUUGGUGCAGGAAAUUUUUUAAGCAGCUUUCUUGUUUCCGCAAUUGAAGAAGUAACUGGCGGGGAUGGGCGAGAUAAUUGGUUUGCUGAUAAUCUUAAUAGGGCACAUCUUGACUAUUUUUACUUGGUGCUUGCUGGAAUCAGUGUAGUUGCAUUCGCUGCAUACUUGUAUUUUGCAAAAUCUUACAUUUAUAAUAGGCGAAGUAUAUGCUGA